GCCGGGUUCAGGGAAAGACGCCAUAUUGUCAAAGUGCAGCGUUAGUUUGGUGGGAGCGAGGACCCGGUCUCGGCAUUUCUUUUAUUAAGGGAGAAAAAGAAUAGUAACAGCAAAAGAAAAAGUUCAAGCGCUAUUUCAGAAGAGGAGAAGUAGAUCGCAGGAAGAGAAGGAGAGCGGGAGAACGCAAGGCAGAGCCCGGUGUAGCGGAGGUCCCUGUGGGUUGUGGUUGCCGAGCCGGUGGGUCGUGAGGUGAUCGGCGCUUUGUUUGACAGAGGUUUUCUGCUGGGCUGAGGGCGAGCACUAUUUGAUGGAUCCGAGGGUGGCUUGGAUUCAGCCGGAGCAAAAGGGACCUGCCAAUGCCUUGUGGAUGCAGAUCUGGGAGACGUCUCAGGGAAUGCGCAGCAACUCGGCUCACCACCACCAUCCGCUGUACCUGAACUCGCCGGCGCUCGACACGCCGCCCAGCAGCGGCGGGGGCCUCGCCUCCCCCGGCAGCCCGGGCUUGGCGCCCGCCACCGACCACGGCCACCGGACGGGUCCCCCAGCCACCGGCGGCCCCGACACCGGGAAUGGCCCCGGGCCAGGUCCGGGGCCGGGCAACGGCGAGGGCUGCAGGGCGCUGCAGAAGUCCUCUUCAGCCUCAUCGUCUUCCUCUUCGUCCCCUUCCCCCGAAUCGGGUAUCGGCAGCUCCUCGUCUUCGUGCUGUUCCUCCACCUCCUCGGGAAGGACUAAAGCCGGCACCGGCACCUACUUCAAUCAUCACACGGAAAUGAAUGGUGGCGGGAUUGGCAAUAACUUGGUGAAGAACAACAACUACCACAAUAACAAUUUGAAGAGCUUGGUGGUGGGAGGGAGAAGGAAGAGGGAGAACAAGGCCAGCACUUACGGCAUAAAUUAUAUGCUGAGCUCCAGCAAUGGGAACUACUACAGCGGGACGCCCUGGAAAACCAUGAAAUAUAACGUGGGGGUGACUGGACUUCAUGAAGAAGUCUUAGACUUCUACAAUUUCAUGUCACCACGCCCCGAAGAGGAAGCCAUGCGUAAAGAAGUAGUAAAACGAAUAGAAUCUGUUAUCAAGGAGCUCUGGCCUACAGCUGAUGUUCAGAUUUUUGGAAGUUUCAGUACAGGUCUCUAUCUCCCAACCAGUGACAUAGACCUUGUAGUUUUUGGGAAAUGGAAGAACCCACCUUUACAGCUAUUAGAGCAAGCACUACGAAGACGGAACAUUGCUGAACCAUAUUCUAUUAAAGUACUUGACAAAGCUACAGUGCCAAUUAUAAAACUGACUGACCAGGAGACAGAAGUCAAAGUAGAUAUCAGUUUCAAUGUUGAAACUGGUGUGAAGGCAGCUCAAUUUAUCAAAGACUUUAUUAAGGGUUACCCAGUGUUACCUUACUUAAUACUGGUCUUAAAACAAUUUCUUCUUCAGAGGGAUUUGAAUGAAGUCUUUACUGGAGGAAUUAGUUCUUACAGCCUGAUUUUAAUGGCUAUUAGUUUCCUACAGUUACAUCCAAGGAUUGAUGCCAGAAGGCCUACUGUAAAUCUCGGAGUUCUUCUGGUGGAAUUCUUUGAACUGUACGGGAGACAUUUUAAUUACUUGAAAACUGGUAUUAGAAUAAGAAGUGGAGGUGCGUACGUUGCCAAAGAUGAAAUCAUGAAGAACAUGACCAAUGGGUACAGACCAUCCAUGUUAUGUAUUGAAGAUCCUCUGGUUCCAGGAAAUGAUGUAGGGAGGAGUUCAUAUGGAGCCAUGCAAGUCAAGCAGGUCUUCGAUUAUGCGUACAUUGUCCUAAGUCACGCCGUGUCACCGCUGGCAAGAUCUUACCCAAACAAAGAUUCUGAGAGCACUCUUGGAAGAAUCAUUAAAGUGACCCAAGAGGUAAUAGAUUACAGGGAGUGGAUCAGGAAGAAAUGGGGUGCGGUGAAGAUUGUAGGAUCAUCUGAUUCUGAUAAUGGUGUUAAGAUUGAACCAGUGGAUAAGACUAGUAAUAUCAACAGAGAACACCAACAGGGCCGAGAUUCUGAAUCUCCAUAUAGCCAAGCAUCGCCUAUGUCAUUGUCCAGCCCGCAGCAACUCUCAUCUGCCUCCUCUUCAUCAGCUGCUUCACUGUCUGGAAGUGAUAUAGAUUCUGAUUCUACACCAUGCACAACUCCAAACCUUCACCACUUUGGCAUCCCUGCAUUAGCUCCUUUGAUGGCAACUUUAGCACCUACACUGCCCAUCCCAAGUGGGAAACCACAGCCAAAUAUAACAGGUGCAUUGAUAGUGACUUCAAAUACUCAGGCUAGGAUUGCUGUCUCACCAGCCAGUAUUGGUGUUUCCACACACCCUGCACUUCCUUCCAGGCAGGUUGGUAUUGAAGGAGCACCAUUGAAUCCUGUCACUGCUGUAUUUCCUAUCCCCCCUACUGCAUUCUCUAGCCUUCUGUCAAGUCUAUAUAUGCAUCACGAGCAGCACAAUGGGCCAAAGUAUUCGGUGAAGGGACUCCAUAAUCAAGGCUCUAGUCAUAAUUCAGUUGGCGGUAUGAAGCAGCCAGUCAUUCACAGAGGGCAUAACCAAUAUAAUCGCACCAUCUCUAAAAGGAGAAGACAGACAAGGGAUACCAUAACUGUUAGUUUAAGUCGGUAGGGGUGUGCCAUUGGAAAUCAUCCUCAGUCUUCUUAAAACUGAUCUCAACAUCAGACUGGAAAUAAAGACCAGCAUUUACUUGCAGUUAGUGGGUAUUGGUUAAUAUCUGCAACUGGCUGUUUGCAUGUGUCCGAUUAUGAUGGUUGAACUCCAUCUUACAGAACAUAUCAUCUUGUGCUAAGUAUUUGUGAAGCCUUAUUGGAUAUGGAGGUUUUGCUUUCCAUAGUUCUCAAGUCGCUGCUGGAACGGCUCUGGUGAUAGACCUGCAAGAGCUUGAUGCUUUCACCACAAAACUCUGCAGUUGAUGAGCAUUUCCUGCAUUUCUUCAUGGCAGAGGCAAACUUAAGGAAUCCUUUAACCCGAGGGUCAUUCUAGUAGCUGAUCUAGAUGGACGUUUUCAUGGCAAUUAGUUUUGCCGCUUCUUAGUCAUGGUUUCAUACAUAUAUCAGAACUUUUUACUCUGUACAUAUUGAACAAAUUGUAUCAUUCGUGCAAUAACUGUUUUCAGAAGUUUUUAUUUAAUUUUCAUAUGAUGUUAUUAUCACAUGUUUAAGUUAUAUUUAAGUGGAGGAGGGAAACAUUUUUGAAGUUUACAAAUCCUUUCCCAGGUUGCAUAUUCUAAGUUUGUAGAGGAUUCUUAGUUUGGCAGGUUUGAUAUUUAAGCUGAGUGUGCUAACACUGUAAGGGAUUUUGUUGAGUAGUUCUGGCUCCUUGAUUCAUUAUAUAAUGCUCAGUACUAACCAGAAGUUUUAAGGAAAGUUAGCGCAACUGGAAUCAUUUUUUCUUCUGCUUUGGUCAUUAUUUGUGUUUUAGGCUGCGUUUUCUCAGGGUCUGUUUAUAGUCACCUUGAAUCUAUAACUUCUGAUUUGAAUAAGAGCCAGAAACGCAAGUCUUAACAACACUGAAGAAGCAUACUCAAAUUUUGUCCGAACUCGGAGAACUUUGUUCAGUGUUUAAAGUCAUGCUAGUCAUAAAAACAUAACCUGUUAAUGUUGGGGUCCAAAUGGCAUUUAUGAAUGAUGUUCCCAGCUAACAGAAUGUGGUGGAAGGAAUUAUGUUGAUUCUAUUAAAGAAUCUGUAUACCAGUAUGCAUAUGUUCUAUUAGGAGCAAAAAAGUACUUCUACUGUAUGCAUUUGUAGGAAGUGUUUUGAUGCAGUAUUGCAAUGGACAACAAAGAUUUUAACUGAACUGUAAUGCUGGCACUUAAUGAAUAUUACUCAUGCAUACAGUUAGACUAUGCAAGAUUUUUUUCAUGACAACCACUGUUUUGUUACCUUUUUGGAAGAGAGAAAAACUACAGCCUGCCUAGCCCUAUGUUUUAAAGAAUGUACCACAGUUGCCCUGAGGGAUUUGAUCUGCCUUCUGUAUUGCCUGAAUUAAGUUGAAAUUUAAACACGAAAUGAAGAGGUGCCGACCCAACUAAACACUAAUAGGUGGAUGAAGUCCAUUUGUGGAGGUGGUUUUGUUUGGAGAUAAUAUUGCCAUGACAUUCAGGAAUUCGAAAGAAAACACUCGGAAAAUUUUCAAGCUUAGUCUUUUCUCAGCAACGGUAUACAAGGACGUUUCAUAAUGUUACUUCUAUAUCAUUGUGUGAUACUGCGAACUCACUGCCAUGAUUUUCUGUUGCAUGCUGUUGACUUGUUUAGCUGGUGUGCUUUUUAUUCUACAACAUUCCAGUAAAGUCCACACUUUGUACACACUAAUUUCAUGAAAAUAAUUAUCUGUAAAAUUCGUUUUACAGGAGGGUCAAAUUUGUAGAAAUUUUGUUGAUGUAACAUUCAAAUUUGCCAGUUGAAAAUUUAGAAAAAGCACUGCAGAUGCCAGAUAUCUGAAAUAAAAGCAAAUGGUUGGAAACAGUCGGUCGACCAGCACCUGUGGAAAACAGAAAACUAGGGUCUGUUCUAGGGUCUUUUACCUGAAAUAUUAAUGCGGUUUCUCUCUCCUGAGAUGCUUCUUGAUGUGCUGAGUGUUUCCAACAUUUUGUUUAUAAAUUUGUCAAACUGCCCUCAUGAAAGUGGAUAUUAUAAUAAUCGUGGAAACUUCCAAAUACAGGUGUUUGUGCCUCCACUCCAGUGUAAUUAGCAUGAUAGUGAGUCGAAGUACUUCAAUUCAUAAUGAGCAUUGUAGAAUAAUGCAGUGCAGAGAAUUAUUUUGUUCAAUUAUAGAUUAUGUAUCAAUAAUUUCUAUUCAUUCUUGCUGUGUAGAAUGAUAGGUAUAAUGUAAAGCCAAAAUGAAAGUUUCGUAGCUAGACAUUCCAAUGCACAAACAAAUUUUGGGGCAAUAUUUUGCCUGUAAUGUAUUCUAGAUGCUGCAUAUCAUUCCACCUAGUGACAGGUGUUUCCCUAUGCCACUGUUUUGAAACUGCUUUUCAUUAAUGCAGGUCAUCUAGGUCUCAGCAUUUGGGUUUCUCUGUACCUUUGGUUAGUGAAACCGGGACAUCUUUGCUGUACAGUUAGAAGGCUUUAGUUUCUCAUGAUUGCUUUCAGAAUUCCGAUUCCUGUCCAUAAUUUAUUAAUAUAAUUGUGACUUAAAAUUGGACACAGGGUGAACAGAUAUUGCUAAGUUUUCUAAUCUGAAAUAAAAAGUAAUGAAAUCAGGGUGGUGUAUUUUGCACAAAAUCAUAACAAGCAUUGUUAGGAUAUCUGAACCUCAUGCUUUGAUUUUCCACAAAGUGCCCGUUUAAAAAAGAAACAACUGUGACUUGAGUUUUAUUUCCUUGUAAAUAAGGAAAUUUUUGAUUAUAUAUUUAUAGGACAUUCAUUUCACCAAGUUUCAGCCAUAGUAAAGUGAUCUUGUUUUUAAUUGGCUCAGUGUAUUUAAACUCUUAAAUUUAAGUGAAUUUGUUUCCAGUUGACAUUGAUGCUACCUUUGCUGACUUUGUAGCAUCUUGUAUAACACUAAAUCCUAAAUUGUCACUUAAUUUCAGAUUUUCUUAACGGUUUAUUAUUGUCAGAAAAUUUCAAGUUUUCUACAAUUGUUUUGUAAUUCCACUGGACUGAAUCUGAGAGGGCUAAAUUAUCAGAAUUAGCUUCUGUAGCAAUUAAACUCUACCAGUUACAAAAAUGAUGAGAACAAAUUAUUUUUAUGAAAUUACUGUACAAGGUAUCAGUUAUUCAUACUGGUGGUCCCACCAAACAGUACAGCUCAAACCAAAGCUCAAAUGAUGAAGCGUGAAAUUGUGCUGAAAUGAUUUUCUAUUGAUUAUAACAUCUAGCUAUAUAAGCUUCAGCAAUGGCAGAAACACAUUACUUUGUACAUAUUCAGUUUAUGCAAUUAACAUCUGAAAAUGCUGUGUAUUUUGUGGUGCUAGAUAACCAUCUGUAUCAUGUUCAAGUCGUGUCAUGGUGAACAAUGAAUUAGCCAGAUUACCACUGUGGGGCUGUACGUUCUUGCGUACAAAAAAAGAAUCGUGUUUAGGACUCUACUGGGGCAACUUGUUACGGCAAGUGAAAAUUCAACAUAUUUUUUAUGUAUAGUUUUCUAUUCUUUGAUUAUUUUUAAUAA